AUGCUCCAAUUGUUCAUCUUUAUUUUAUUAAUUUCUUUUACUCACACACAAUUCGUGCUUUUCGUUCAAGAGUGUGAUUUCGUGGGUAACACUCCCGAAAAUGUGGAAUGGUUUGAGAGAAAUGAGCAUAUAAUUUCGAAGAGAAAGAACUCAAGGUUUCACUGUUAUGAUAUCAAUUUGGAUGUCUCAGGGACAUUUUUGACAUUAAACAAGAAGAAAAUCUCGUAUCUACCAGCACGUUGUGAGUUAAACACGGAAAGUAAUCUCUUUCUUUCAACAAAUCGAACUCGAUUCACACAAAUUCCUGAUCAAUUCACUGUCGCUAUUGGCCAAAAAUACUUUGAAAAACAUCGAUCGAAAAUGAUUUGUAUGAAAUCUCCAGCUUCCAUUGAAGUUCUAAACAUUUUCUAUGAUGUAAACGAGGAAAAAGAACCAUUCAACGAACAAUAUGAAUGUGACAUGUUAAAAUGUGAUCUCAAAGAAUUGAAG